AUGCCAGUUUUUAUAUGCGGUUUCCUUAUUCGUCAGACGGGAAUUGUGCAACAACUAUAUAUUAGACUGACAAAGGUAAACUUCAGCAGGUUAGUUAAGUUAAGGCGUACGGCAUGAGUGCUAGCUACCUCCUUGCUGGGAUUUUUGUCCUCCUGGUCUUGUCGGCCGAUGGCGCAGAUGCAUACAUUCUAUCCCACUCGAAAGCGGAAGCCGAUCAACCGCAGAAUGAUGACCUUCGUUUGGAGAAUGAAAAAGAAUAUGGUAAUUCUAAAGUUAACAACGGCGUCGAAGAAAAGGACGAAGAAGAAGAAAUGUUGCAUGAUGUUGAUGAGACUGGGCAGGAGACUGUCCAGUAUCAUGAUGUCGCCGACAGUUCUGACGAGGAGGACGAUAAUGAUGCUAACUAUCACGGCGGACAUGAUCGAGGACAAGAUGGUGAGGAAGAAGAAGAUGGAGAGAAGGAGAAUUUUGGCUACGAUAUUGAUGAACAUCACUUUGCUAAUUCUGGUUUUGAGGUUGAUGUUGCAGUUCACGUUGGUGGCCACCAUGGCGCCGACGAGCAUUAUUUUGGUCGAGAUCAUGAAUAUGAUGCCGAUAACGAUGAUGACGAUGAUAAUGAUGACAUGGACAGGGAUGAUGAUGAAGACGAGGACGAUCGAAUAUCAGAGGAAGAUGAGCAUGGAUUGGUGCCUACUGACGAGGAGGAUGAUGACUUAAAAUAG